GUAUUUCCUUUUAUUUAGGUGAGCUGCUGAUCAGUCAAAUCGUGAAGUGGCUUGAAAACAUUGGCAACGUUUCUAUUCCUCUGUUGACGUUAAUAUUAUAAUUAUCAGAUGGUGUGAUUGCACGGCAUGGCUUCUUUAAGAGACCUAGCAUUUUGACAUUUAAGAAGUAAAAAGUCCGAUGUAGCUCUCCGCCGUGUUUCAAGCUGCAGCCUGUCAACUUGCGCUCGAGCUGCAACAGCUUUGCUCUCUUUAUUAGGACUGGGGAAAUAACUUUUACGGGACUAGUGAAGAAAAAUCAUAGCAACGUGUGGGCGUUUGCUCUUUUGAACCAUGUCCACCGAGGUUGCGAGCGAGUUGGACGUGACAUUUAGUUGUUUGGACGAAGGGAACCAAAACAAGUCAGACGCAGACGGACCCAUGAAACCCGAUCGAGCGAGCCACGAGGAGGGGCAGCAGGAUCCUCCUCAAAUCGACUCGAAACAUCAAAAACACGGGGUCAUGGACUGCAAAGUGGAUGGCCUGAACACGGACAGCACGAAUGACAAGGAGAACGAGCAGAAUGCAUCAAGCGACAAAGCCACAGACUCUGCCAAGAAAGUGAUCGAGGCUCCUCCGCCGAAAGUGAACCCGUGGACGAAGAAAGCAUGCCCUCCCAAUAAUGCCCCCAACAGCUCCAUACAAACAGUGUCCACAGAUCCCCAGAGUCCUGCCAAAGUUGUCCGUGCCAGCAAACCCAGGUCCAGAAAGACCAGCAAGUCUGGUGACUUCAGUGACAUCACAAACUGGCCCACCCCAGGAGAACUUGCCAAUAAGGAGCAGCAUCAGAAUGUGAUAAACGCACAAGGGAGACAGGGUACGUCUGGAUGGAGGGAAAGAAAGAAGGAUCACAGAGGAGUGAAGAGAGAGAAGGAGAGUGGAAGUGAUGGGAGUGACAGUAAGGAGAACAAGGAGGCGAAUUCAUAUCCAAUCAAAGGACUUUCAAACAAUCAGGAAGCAGAAGAUGGAGAGGAGAUGCAAAGCAGUGUACCCCGCAGGAGAGGAGGCUGGCGACGAGAGAGAGAGUUCUUUGAUGACACAGCAAGUAUUCGCAGCGAGGGCAGCAAUGUCCGCGGAGGCCCAAGGGGCAGGGGGAAAGGUCGCGGCCGGGGCAGAGGUCGUGGGCGAGGUCGCUAUGACUACUCCCACAGUUACCGGGACUCUUUCCAGGAUGGGUCCACGGUUCCAGCUGAAUUCGGCAAUAACAUGGUCUAUUACUAUGAUGACGGUAAUCGCGUGCAGAUGUAUACUAUCGAGGAGAAUUUACUUAAAGAAUACAUCAAACGGCAAAUUGAAUACUACUUCAGUCUCCCAAACCUGGAGCGAGACUUCUUCCUGCGGAGGAAAAUGGAUUCCAAAGGCUUCCUGCCCAUCUCUCUCAUUGCCAGUUUCCACAGAGUUCAGGCCCUCACCACUGAUAUCAACCUCAUUAAGGAGGCAGUGAAGAAGAGUGAAGUUGUGGAGCUGGUUGAUGAACAGAUUCGUAGGAAAGUUGAGCCAGAGCAUUGGCCCAUUCCGGGCCCCCCUCUGGACUCCCUGCGCACAGAUUUCUCCCAACUCAUUAACUGCCCAGAGUUUGUCCCAGGACAGAUGUUCACCUCUCUCAGCACAGUGUCAUCCUCCCCAGUCAGUCAGGAAAUGGAUGAACCCGCUGUGGUGAACGGCCAAUUAAGCGAUACCACUGACAUUGACACAGCCAAACAUCAGUCCAAAGAAUCCUUUCCCUCAAAGUCAAACAGUAACUCUAACAAUGAUGUGUAUUCCCCAAAAGGGCGCUCCAGCAGUCUGUCUGAUCCAGACGGCCAGCCGUGGAUACAGGUGGAGAAACGACAUAGAACCUCUUCUGGAAAAAUCAAGACUUCAGUAACUCCUCUUCCUACUUCUCCUCCUCCUCCCCUUCCUCUUCCUCAUCCUCCUCAUCUUGAGUUGUCCCCAUCUGCAGAGUGCUCUGAAUUGGUUCAGUCCAGCCCAAAGCAGCAGCCUGAGGCAGACCAGGAGGAACUGGACUUCCUGUUCGAUGAGGAAAUGGAACGCCUUGCAGCACCUCGCAAGAACACCUUCACCGAUUGGUCAGAUGACGAUUCUGAUGAUGAACUUGACGACCGAGACGUAAACAAGAUCCUUAUCGUAACUCAGACCCCCCCUCACCUGCGGAAACACCCUGGAGGUGACAGAACAGGGAAUCACGUGUCUCGUGCCAGAAUUACAGCUGACCUUGCCAAAGCUAUUAACGACGGAUUGUUCUACUAUGAACAGGAUCUUUGGACAGAGGAAGAAGGACAGCAAGAUUGUACCAAUCCCAAGGAAGUGGAGAACUUUAAAAAAAUCAACAUGAUCAGCCAAGACGAGUUUGAAACUCUGACGCCAAAACUGCCCAUUGACAACAACCAAGAAAUCCCACCCCCUCCACCAUGCCAGUCAGAUGAGUCUAGCAUGGCUCAUUCUCUACCCACGGACGUCCCAGAAUCCUCCAGCAUGCCCCGGACCCCUCAUACCCCACGCACCCCUGGCAGACAGGACCCCACCAAAACUCCACGUUUCUACCCUGUUAUCAAAGACAGUGGCAACAUUGAUGGAAAAACCCCCAGAAAGAGGAAAACUCGUCACAGUUCGAACCCUCCGCUAGAGUGCCAUGUAGGUUGGGUGAUGGACUCACGGGAGCACAGACCUCGCACUUCCUCCAUCAGCAGCUCUAAUGCAUCUCCAUCAGAAGGAGCCCCGGUAUUGUCGGGCAGUUACGGCUGUACCCCUCAGUCCCUGCCCAAGUUCUGGCACCCAUCCCAUGAGCUUUUAAAAGAAAAUGGCUUCACUCAGCAAGUUUACCACAAAUACCGCCGUCGCUGCCUCAAUGAGAGGAAGCGAUUAGGUGUCGGUCAGUCUCAGGAGAUGAACACUCUCUUCAGAUUCUGGUCCUUCUUCCUAAGAGACAAUUUCAACAGGAAAAUGUACGAGGAUUUCAAGCAGUUUGCCCUGGAUGAUGCCAAAGAGAACUACAGGUAUGGACUGGAGUGUCUGUUUCGGUACUAUAGCUAUGGGCUGGAACGGAGGUUCAGACCUGACAUCUUUAAAGACUUCCAGCAGGAGACCAUACUUGACUAUGAGAAAGGUCAGCUAUAUGGACUGGAGAAAUUCUGGGCUUUCUUGAAAUACUCUCAGAUGAAGAAUCAGCCUAUUGACCCCAAACUUAAGGAUUACCUCAACAAAUUCAAGAGCGUUGAUGAUUUCAGAGUAGAUCCACCGAUAGGAGAGGAAGGAGUAAGAAGGAAAGCACACUCGUCUUCUGCAGGAGACGAGCCAAAACGUAGACGACACAACUCUUCCUCCUCAUCGUCGUCAAAGCAGACCCCAGUUACCAAGACAUCUUCAGACAAUCAACCUGCUGCUGGAGGAGUGGCAAAAACAACCUCAACUGAUCAUACCGCUGCCUCAACCGCAACGAAAACCGGCACAGCCAAUCAAACAUCAAAUGCUAGGCCAGCCAAGGCAGCCUCAGCCAAUCAGAAGGCAACCUCUUCGACCACCAAGAGCAGCAUGGCUAAUGAUACUACAAAAUCUGCACCAAAAGAGAAUGUGAAAAAGAAUACCUCAUCAGAUGCUCGCAAAAGAGAGGCGGCAACUAGCAAAAACAAAGAUAGCCAACAGCCAAAGAAAUGAAGCCCUUAACUACACGAUACAGUAUUUGAGUGAUUGUAACUAGAGCUGUGAAAGGAUUUUCAGUGCUGGUUCAGUCUAACCUUUUACACCGUAACCUUGGAAUUGAGCCAGUCAAACCGUUAGAGCAAAGAGCAACUGUCAUACCGUUGUAUUCAGAAACUGAAGAGUACACCAGAAUUUUUUUUUUUUGGUGUUGUUCAAGACUCUUCUGGAUAGGUUAACUUCCAUAAUAUCUUUCAUUUUAGUUUUUUGUUCUUUUGUUUGUUUGUUUUUACCCGCAGUUUGUAGUUUCAUCAGUAUGCAUGGUGAACCUGUGCAGUUUACAGAAGAUGCAUUCCUACAGCGAAUGCAGUUUUUAUCGCUUUUAAAAUUAGUUUAACCUUUUUGAAUGCCUUACAUUUAAAAAGCAAACAAACAUAUGUUUAUUUUACAAUGCUGUCGACAUUCAUAAUUAUUAGUUUUUUGUUUUUUAUCUCUAUUGUUUAAGUAUUUUUAAUUUGUGCAUGUGCCUGUCUCAGGCAGCACAUCACACCUAUUUGUGUGUCUGACAACAGUACAUAUAAUUUGACAUCAAACAGACAAUCCAAAAUGCUAACUUGAAUUGAGGUUGACACAAUUUAACACACUAUAUAGACUAUUGCAUUUUUGAUCUUUUAGCUUGUGUAGAAAAAAUGACAGUGAUGGAAUACUAAGUUGUUUAUGCUUUUAUGAUUAGCUGAGUGUUUGACCUGAAGAUCGGAGAAGUACAUAGAUAUCGAGCCAAAGUGGUGAGGGAUUGUAACAGAAAAUUGUUAACAUCAUCAGGAGCUUAAAUAUGUUCCUGCUUUUAAACAAACAUUGUGCCGUUCGCUUCACAGAGGUGGUGAUCUCAAAGUCACCAUGUCUCCUGAUUAGGUGCAGAGAAAACUUUUUUUCUUUUUGACUUAAAUUGGAAAAUGUCUGUACUUGAAAUGUUAUCUCUUUGAAAGGAAUUUCUUUUAAAAAUGUUGAAUUCUAUUAGAGUUUAAUUUAUUGUUUCCUCUCUUUUGAAAGCUUAAUUGAUUAUAUAUAUAUUUUUUAUUGAUUUUACUGAGAGUGUAGAUGACUGCAAAUGUGGUGGCUUGGAGAAUAAUUUUAUUUACAUUCUAUCUUUAUUUCCAAGUUGGAUUUUGGCUGAUAACAUUAAAUCAGUGUUCUUUUUAUCACUUAUAAUCCUUAAUCAGACACUGAAUUGAUGUCUCGAUUGUAUCAUAUUUGCUUAAGAAAACUGUACAUAAAGAAAUUGUGUAAUUUCAAUCAAUCCAUUUUUAUUGAUUAAUUUUAUUGUGAUAUUCUUGUUUGUGUGCGCUUGUGUGUUGGUAUGCAUGUCGGUUAAAAAAAAAAAUUCUUUCCCCAUAAAUUGUAAAAUGUAAAAAAAAAAAAUACAAAAUAUAUUAAAAUCUCUUUAUAAAACCC